CUCUGGCUGCGGAGGAGCCCAAAACCACAGGCGCACCAGAGGCCCUUAGCCGGAAACUACUGCGAAUUAUCGACCAAACAGCGGAAGGCGACACACGUGAGUGGCGUGGCAACGUCAAAGUGCCAACAUGCGAAUCACAGUUCCGGAGUCCGCAGGCCGGAUUCCGGAUUCCAAGGCAGUCGUCUGAUGUGCGGUGCGGAGGAAGCGGCGAGGAGCGACCAGGAGCUGCCCAGGAUUAGCAGAUAGAGAUCGACCUCCAGCGCCAAGACUUCGCACGCGACUUCCUUGGGACUUGGGCGCCCACUUCAGCCGGGAAAAGUGAAAGGCCAGGAGGCGUUGGCUAAUUGAAUUUCUAUUUUCGAUCCUGCCCCAAGAAAAGCAGCCUCAAAGCAAAGAGAAGUCAGAAGCGGAAUGGGCGACUCAGAUAGCGAAGACAGCGAUGGAGAAGGCGGUCUGGGCAACGUCUCCCGGGUUAUCAUCCGCCCGCCGGGUCAAAGUGGCAAGGCCAAGAGAGGCCACCUCUGCUUUGACGCGGCUUUCGAGACGGGAAAUCUGGGAAAAGCGGAGCUGGUGGGCGAGUUCGAGUACGACUUGUUCCUAAGACCGGAUACUUGCAAUCCGCGCUUUCGCUUCUGGUUCAAUUUCACCGUGGACAACGUGAAACAGGAUCAGCGAGUGCUCUUCCACAUUGUGAACAUCAGCAAGAGCAGGAACCUGUUCUCCUCGGGGCUGACUCCUUUGGUGAAGAGUUCCAGCCGACCCAAGUGGCAGAGGUUGUCCAAGCGCCAGGUGUUCUUUUACCGAUCGGCGAUGCACCAGGGGCAUUAUGUGCUCAGUUUCGCCUUCAUUUUCGACAAGGAGGAGGACGUCUAUCAGUUCGCCUUGGCCUGGCCAUACAGCUACUCCCGUUUGCAGUCGUAUUUGAAUGUGAUUGAUGCCCGACAGGGAGCGGAUAAGCGGUUCACACGAUGCGUGCUCAUCAAAUCGUUGCAAAAUCGCAAUGUGGACCUGCUGACCAUCGACCAUGUGACUGCCAAACAGCGCUCCACGAAUCGCUUGGAUCGCAGCUUCAUCCGGGUGAUUGUGAUUCUCUGCAGGACGCACUCCAGCGAAGCUCCAGCCUCUCACGUGUGCCAGGGUCUGAUCGAGUUCCUGGUGGGCAAUCAUCCCAUUGCCGGCGUUCUGAGGGAUAACUUCGUCUUCAAGAUUGUGCCCAUGGUGAAUCCGGAUGGCGUCUUCCUGGGCAACAACCGCUGCAAUCUGAUGGGCCAGGACAUGAAUCGCAACUGGCACAUUGGCUCGGAGUUCACGCAGCCAGAAUUGCAUGCGGUAAAGGGCAUGCUGAAGGAGUUGGAUAAUUCAGAUACCUAUCAGAUUGACUUUGUGAUAGAUCUGCACGCCAAUAGCAGCAUGCACGGUUGUUUUAUCUACGGGAACACCUACGAGGAUGUCUAUAGAUACGAGAGGCACCUGGUUUUCCCCCGACUCUUCGCCAGCAACGCUCCGGACUAUGUGGCGGAUCACACGAUGUUCAAUGCGGACGAACGAAAGGCGGGCAGCAUGCGGAGAUUCAGCUGCGAGAGACUCAGUGACACGGUGAAUGCCUACACUCUGGAGGUCUCCAUGGCGGGUCACUACCUCAAGGAUGGCAAGACCAUCUCCCUGUACAACGAAGACGGCUAUUACCGGGUGGGCAGAAAUCUGGCCAGGACCCUGCUGCAAUACUAUCGCUUUAUCAACAUCCUGCCCAUGCCGAUUGUGACCGAGGUUCGGGGCAAAAGGCGGGGGCGAAACCGCCAUGCCCACCACUCUCGAUCCCGCUCGAAAACCCGCUACGAGGUGAAGCCCCGGCCCAAAACGCCUCGGUGCCACGCCCCCAUUGCCUACACCAACCUGAGUAUAUGCUAUGACUCGGGGGGAGGAGGCGGAUCCUCGGACGAGGGUGGAUUCUCACCCACUCGACCCUUGGCCCCCGGAAGCAGUUGCUUCAGCGGAUACCGGAAUUACCGGAGGGCUGCCACCGCCAGUUGCUCCCAGCACCCCGGACACGAUCAGUAUUCCCCCUUCGCGCUGGGAGCCCUGAAAACGGGCAGCGACCAUGGCGGUGGUAUUGGUGGCUCCAAGGGCAAGAGAUCAGCAGCGGUCACCAUCGAGGUUCCGCUGCCCGUGAAUGUGCCUCCCAAACCAUAUCUGUCCAUCAUCGAUUUGAACCAACUGACGAGGGGAAGUCUGAAACUGAAGUCCAAUAGCUUCGACGCCGCGGACAGGAGAUAGGAUCAGUGAUAUGAUAUGCAAAAGCGUUAGUGAUCACCGUCGUUAAGGAUCCGAGCAGAAUGAUGGGUUGUUUUAGGUAUAAUCAAGUCUUUUCUACGCUUCCUGCUUGUUUUUUUAAAUAAAAAGUUAACUAUUAAUCCGAAAUAUUACUCAAAUUUAUUGUUACUAAUG